AUGGAUCCAGCAGAAAUUUGGCGCAGUCUGCCGGUUAUCACGCGCGGCUAUGUCUCCCUGUGCGUGGUGACCACGGCAGCGUGCGCUCUGGAGAUCAUCACCCCCUUCAACAUCUACUUCAAUGCCAAGCUCAUCUGGCAGAAGCAUGAGUUCUGGCGCCUGUUCACAAACUUCUUCUACUUUGGCACGCUAGGCGAACGCCUGGACUUCUUCUUCCACAUGUUCUUCCUCGUGAAGUACAGCAAGUCGCUGGAGGAGGGGUCGUUCCGCAACCGCUCCGCCGACUUCCUGUGGAUGCUGCUGUUUGGCUCCGCCAUCCUGGUGGCCGCCGCGCCCUGGGUCAACAUCCAGUUCCUGGGCUCUUCCCUGACCUUCAUGAUGGUGUAUGUGUGGGGUCGGCGGCACCAGUACGUCAACCUCAGCUUCCUGGGCAUCUUCACGUUCACCGCCCCCUACCUGCCCUGGGUGCUGCUGGCCUUCUCGGUCAUGCUGGGCAGCAGCCCUGUGGUGGAUCUGCUGGGCAUGGUGGCGGGGCAUGCCUACUACUUCCUUGAAGACGUCUACCCUCGCAUGACCGGCCGCCGCCUGCUCAAGACGCCCGCCGUGGUGCGCGCUCUGUUCCCGGCGGAGGGCAUCCAGGCGCCCCGCAUGGCAGCCAUGCCCGCAGCAGCAGCAGGAGGCGGCGGCUUCGCGGCAGGCGCAGCGGCGGCGGCGGGUGGCGAAGGCGAUGGCAGGCCACACGCGGACUGA